GGGAAAAAAGAGGGAGCAUUUUCCUCCAUAGUUGUACGGUUUCGCCCAUACACGUUUCUAUUGGUCGGCUGGACGUCUGAAGGCGACUUGAAGGGUCAAGGAUGUCUCUGCAGGACCCGUUCUUCGCGGUGAAAGGAGAGGUUCAGAAAGCAGUGAAUACAGCACGGGGCCUUUAUCAACGCCGGGGCCAGCUGCUCCAGGAGACCCAAGUUGUGAACAAGGAAGAGCUGAACUGGACUACAAAUGAAUUACGCAACACCUUGCGAAGCAUUGAGUGGGACUUGGAGGAUUUGGAAGAAACCAUUUGCAUUGUGGAAUCAAACCCACACAAGUUUGCCAUUGCGCCGUCUGAGGUUGCAGCGCGACGUUCUUUUGUCACAGAGAUGCGGGAGUCGGUCAAGGAAAUGCAGGAUCAUAUGUCUGACCCAGCAGCCCAGUCCUUUAUGGAGAGGAACAACAUGGAGCUGGCGGAUGGCAGGGACCACUGUGGGCUGUUGAGUGCAGAGAAGGUGUCAGCAGCUGAUUCACAUAUUUUAGAAGAGCAGCAGUUGCACCAGAAGUUGAUCAUUGAGGAGCAGGAUGAACAGUUGGAGCUGGUCUCUGGCAGCAUUUCUGUACUGAAGCACAUGUCGGGGCGGGUUGGAGAGGAACUUGAUGAACAAACUAUAAUGCUAGAAGACUUUGCUCACGAGAUGGACAGCACUCAGAGCGGCAUAGAUGGGGUGCUCAAAAAGAUGGGCAGAGUCUCCCACAUGGCCCGUGGAAGACGUCAGUGGUGCAUCAUCUGCCUAUUGGUCAUCACUGGUGUGGUGAUAUUGAUCCUUCUUUUUGCUCUGUGGCCAACUGACAGAUGAACAUAGGGAAAAUGGAAACGAUACCACCAACCCUUUCAUGCGGAAAGCCUGAAGCCACCGUGGCUUUAUGUCCUGUAAGGGGCGAGGGCUAGUGAAGACAUGGGACAAUGACAAGAAUGUUGGAUUGUAACUGGGCUUCCCUCCCUUGCAUUCAUACUGUUAAUUAUUAGGAGCUACAGGUUUGUGACAAGGGAGGAUUCUGCUUGUUGGUACUUAUCAACCCCAUCGAGGUAGUCCAAACUAGGAAACCAAAAUGAUGAAUGCUAAUACUAUUUUUAUUCUAAAAUUAUAUUAAUAGACUCUUGCAAGUCUGAAAGCACUUCCCCCUUCCCACCCAUUCCUCACCUUCACUUUCCAGAGAACUAGGGAGGGAUAAUCCUGAAGCCUUCUCAAAUUAUACUUGUGUUUUGGGCUCAGAUUUCAUUUAUCAGACCAUUGUCUAAACCGCAGCUCUUCUUUGUGCCUCACAAAGCUAUUCUCACAGCCCAUUCCUGUACUUUAGAAUGGGAAUUUGUGUAGUGUCUUUUCCUGCCAUACUUGGGAAAUAAUUGGAUUUGAAUACCCGUGUUUCUUAAAUGUGAUCGUGCUGUACCCACUACAGGUCACCAACUUAGAAAAAAAUAAGCAAAAGUGUUUAUUUUCUGUUUUAGUCUUAAAAGAUCUAAUUCCUUCAUACCAACUCUGAAUCUGUGUAACUUAUCUCUGCAUGAAACGCAUCUGAUGAAGCACAAUUGACUUAUACUGUUACCUAUUUUCCAGUUGAACCAAUCAAGAACGGUGGAAGAAUUAGACAGUAUAACAGUAUGUUCUGCUUGUUGAGUUGGUGAAAUUACUAAGGGUUGAAGAUGAUCUAAAGCUAUAUUUCUAUUUAAAUGCUUAAUGAAACCAAACAUCAGCCCUCAAUCCCCCAUCCCUGUUAGCUGUUUUCUAAAAAUUGGGAGACAAAAAACAUUUGCCAUUAUGUAAAUGUAGUCUACAGCACUGUGCAUCAAGAUGUAACUUAUGGUGAUACUUCUGGGCUAGGACAAAAAAAUCUGACUUACCAAUGUACCUGCUCUCUUUUCAUCUUAAGCCUAGUAAAACAUGGUGGACAGAGCAUCUUAACAUUGGCAAAGUGGAUUUUGCCUUGAAAAUAAAAAAACUGGCUAUUUUCAGGGAAGUCCCAGUGACUCAGUUUACUGUGAGCAAUGUCUCUAUGGGAUACUUUGUUGUUACAGACACGCGGCUAUUCCUUAUAUAUAUAUAUAUAAUAUUAUAGAGCAGAGAUUGGCAGACUUAACUUGUAAGAUCUACUUUAUCUUAAAAAAAAUGAGGUUUACAAAUCAACUUGGUGCAAAGAAUGCUGAACCUUGGAAUUUAGAGAUACUUACAGGGCUAUUGUAGGGAGAAAAAAUGUUUCUGGUUAGGUCAAGCUUUAUAUGGGUGAGGGGAAAGUUUUGGCUGCUGCUAUUCUGAAUUCAUGUUGCUGCUGAAAAUAUCCAAAUAAUUGGAUCUAUCUUCUGCCUAUCCCCUUUUAGAAGACAAUGUUAAAAAA